CUCGGCGGCGGCAGCAGCGGGUCAUGUCGUCCGCGCGGCGGGACACCUGCCCGCGUGUCACCUUCAGCGGAGCGGGAACCGGCACGAGUGAGGCUGGUAUGGGAGCGGAGGCGUGUCCUCACAAACUGGGAUCGACCAAUCACCUUCGACUUCUCCUCUACAUCCUCAUCCCGACGGUCAGCCUGCUGGCCGGCCUGCUGCUGCUCGUCCUGGCCCUGACAGGUAUCUUCGGCAGUGGUCUCCUUGACUCCGCCCCCCUCCCCUCUGUGGCGCCUCCUGAGCCCGUCAUUGAUACUGACUUCAGUUACCAGGGCAACCGCACAAGCCUUCUCUCCCGCUCUGAGACGGAGAACGUCACCGCCUCUUUCCGUAACCAUGACGAUGACGACAAAAGCACAUCCGGCGUGACGAGCCGCUAUUCGGCUUCACCCUCCCCUUCCUCCUCUCUGGCCCCUCCCACCCAGCCCUUCACCCAGGCACCCGAUUGGCUAACCUCUGUGACGUCGAUGAGCACGCCCUGGCCAAUCAGCACCACCGCAGAGCCUGACACAGGAAGUUGUCAGCUCAUCGUGGAGCCUCAGUGUCACAUGUUGCCCUACAACCAAACAUGGCUGUCCUCCUCCGUCGCCGUGGUGAAGAGUUCAGAGGUCGACAUGUUGCUAAGGUUCUUCAGCUACCUCAGCAGACUGUCCUGCUACAGACACAUCAUGCUGUUCGGCUGCUCGCUGGCACUGCCCGAGUGUAUCGCCGGGAACAACACACACGACAGGCACGUGCUGCUGCCCUGUGCGUCGUUCUGCGAGGCGGCGAGGGAGGGCUGCGAGCCCGUCCUGCAGAUGUUCAACGCCUCCUGGCCCGACUUCCUGCGCUGCUCGCAGUUCGGCGGUGAUGUCACUUCCAGGUCGACGCCCUCGCCCUUGCCCUCGCUGGCGCCCUCGCCCUCGCCGUCGCCCCCGGCAACGGCCCCGGGCCCCGCCCAGCCGGCCUGCUACUCCCCGAGACAGAUCAAAGGGAAACCCUCUGUGUGCGGCGGGCAGGACCACUUCCUGUGUGCGACGGGGAUUUGUGUCCCCCAGAAGCUCGUGUGCAACGGCUACAACGACUGUGACGACUGGAGCGACGAGACACACUGCGUCUGUCCGGAUGGGGAGUUUCGCUGCAGCACUGGUCGGUGUCUCUCGCCCGCUCUGGUGUGUGACGGCUACGACGACUGUGGAGACCUGAGUGACGAACUCAACUGUGUGUGUGAGCCGGCCCGUGAGCACCGCUGCAGCGACGGCAGGUGUGUGUCCAGAGACUGGCUGUGUGACGGAGACCACGACUGCCUGGACAAGAGCGACGAGGUCAACUGCUCGUGUAAGAGCCAGGGUCUGUUGGAGUGUAAGAACGGUCAGUGUAUUCCCUCGGCGUUCCGCUGCGACGGAGAGGACGACUGUAAGGACGGCAGCGACGAGGAGCACUGCAACAGAGAGCAGACUCCAGGUGUGUGUGUUCCUGGUCAGCCUGGCUGUGUCUCUGCCUCCUGUCCUGCUGUGUGUGGAGGAAACGCCGCCUGUGAGCCGCGCAGCAACUGCACGCGCUGUGAGCCCAUCACCCUGGAGCUCUGCAUGAACCUGCCCUACAACCAGACCAGCUUCCCCAACUUCCUGGGCCACCUGUCCCAGCGCGAGAGCUCCGUGUCCUGGGAGUCCUCUCUGUUCCCCGCCCUCGUCCAGACCGGCUGCUACCAGUUCCUCAUGUUCUACGCCUGCACGCUGCUGGUGCCCAAGUGUGACCCCGUCACCCACCAGAGGGUGCCGCCCUGCAGGUCGCUGUGCCGCAGCUCCAAGGAGAAGUGUGAGUCGGUGCUCGGCAUUGUGGGAUUGCAGUGGCCGGAGGAUUCGGACUGCAGUCAGUUUCCAGAGGAGGGAGGCAACAGCAGCUGCCUGCUGCCAGAGGACGGAGUGGACGAGUGCUCCCCGAGCCACUUCAAGUGCCGGUCAGGUCGCUGCGUCCUAGCAACCAAACGCUGUGACGGACACCUGGACUGUGACGACCACAGCGACGAGGACAACUGUGGUUGUUCUGAGCGUGCUCUGUGGGAGUGUCCGGGCAGUAAAGUGUGUAUUAAAGCCAGUAUGAUCUGUGAUGGUUUCCCAGACUGCCCCCUGCUGGUGGACGAGGCAAACUGCUCGAUGUGCCGGGACAACGAGCUCGCCUGCAACAACCACCAGUGUGUUCACCGCACGCUGUGGUGUGAUGGCAAGAAGCACUGCUCAGACAGCUCCGACGAGUGGGACUGUGUGUCCCUGUCCGAUCGAUCGGGCUCGGUGCUGACGGUGUUCAGGACGGCGGCGGAGUACCAGGUGUGUGCCGACGAGUGGAACCACGAGCUGAGCCUGCUGACCUGCAACCAGCUGGGACUAGGGGUUCCCUCCUCUGUUUCCAUGGUACCGGACCAGCCCGGCGUCCAGGGCCGUCGUCGUUGGUUACACGUCCACCCGGAGUGGAACCACAGGAACGGCUCGGCUCUGCAGGCCAGACUGGAGAAGAGAAGCCAUGCGUGUCAUUCCAGGAGGAGAGUGUCGGUCCUCUGCACCAGAGAAGACUGCGGGCUGCGUCCGGCGAUGUCGGCAGCCCCCCACAGGAAGAAGAGGAUUCUGGGAGGUCGCGUGUCGCGGCGGGGGGCGUGGCCCUGGCAGUGCUCGCUGCAGAGCGGCCAGAGUGGCCAUGUGUGCGGCUGCGUGCUGAUCGGCAGGAAGUGGGCGCUGACCGUCGCACACUGCUUCGAGGGGAGAGAGAGCGCCGAGCUGUGGAAGGUGGUGUUGGGUUUGAAUAACCUGGACCACCCGGGCGCACACAGCCAGAGCCGGGGCGUUCGCUCCAUCAUCGUCCACCCGCGCUACAACCGGGCCGUGGUCGACUACGACAUCAGCGUGGUCGAGCUGGACGCCGAGAUCGAGGAGACGGCCUUCGUCAGACCCGUCUGUCUUCCACGGCCCGGCCAGCUGCCCUCCCCCGACUCCUACUGCUACAUCACAGGCUGGGGCCACAUGGGCAACCGGAUGCCCUUCAAGCUGCAGGAGGGGGAGGUGCGCAUCAUCUCCCUGUCCCAGUGUCAGUCUUACUUCGACAUGAAGACGAUCACGACCAGGAUGCUGUGUGCCGGCUACGAGGCGGGGACCGUCGACUCCUGCAUGGGUGACAGCGGCGGCCCCCUGGUGUGUGAGGACAGCAGCGCUCACUGGACGCUCUUCGGCCUGACGUCCUGGGGCAGCGUGUGCUUCAGCAAGGUGCUCGGCCCCGGCGUCUACAGCAACGUCACACACUUCACGCCCUGGAUCCAGCAGCAGAUCUACAUACACACCUACCUGCUGGACUGACACACACA